AUGAGCGGCGCGGAUGGCAAUGCCGCGGCGCCGCAGCCGCCGGCCAAGCGCCCGAGGAUCGACAACGGCGAUGGGCGGCCGGACGAGUGGGUGGCCAGCGCCAACGAUGCCCUCCGGUUCCACCUGCUGGACGAUUUCCCGCCGCGGUCGGCGGGCACGGAAUUAGAUCACGGCCGCGGCGAGGUGUUCAGUCCGGAGUACACGCAUCAGGUGUUCGGCGAAGAAGAGGAGAUUCAUGGGUACAUGGGCUUGCGCGUGGACGUCUGGUUGAGCGCCAGGACGUUCUUCGCGAUGGCGAGCGUGGCGUUUGAGCGCAGGCGACCACAGAGCGAGGACGUGAUGGGGAAGAUGGGGGCGGCGUGGGGGGCGGGGCUGACGUCCGGCAGGGAGGAGUUCGAGCGGGCGGUGGGCGGGGAGCCGGUGGCGGACUUUAUGGCGGAAGGACGCGUUGUGGGCAGGAGGCCACAGCCGGAGGGGGAGACGGUGGUCGUCUGCGCGAGGCUGAGCACCGCAUCGGACGCCCUGAAGGCCCUGCACGCCCGCAUGGAGCCCCUGCUGUUGUACUUUGUUGAUGGAGCAUCGUCGAUUGACAAUGGAGACCCCAAAUGGGACAUUUACCUUGCUCUGCAGCAGCAAGGAGACACAACCCGUGUGGUCGGUUUUAGCACUGUCUACAACUUCUAUGUCUUCCCAGACAGUGUGCGAAAAAGGCUGGCACAAAUCCUUGUGCUGCCACCAUAUCAGAACAAUGGUGUGGGGACUCUCCUUGUUGAGGCCGUGUACUCUGGUGCCAAAGAAGAGAACGCCAUGGAUGUAACGUUGGAAGAUCCUACAGAUGAGGUGAAGCACAUCCGCGACAAGCUGGCACUGAAAUCCAUGCUUGAAUGCACAUGGCUGAGGCCACUUGUGUCACAGUACACGUUGGCAGCCACAUCUGGUGAUGAGCCCAAUGGUGCCUCCCUAGAAGAAAACACCCAGAAUGACAUGGCAACAGCUCCCAGUGCCAGCAAUAGCACUGCGACCUGCAGGAGCAAAAGGAAUCGGCUGGCGAUUCCUGGCCAGGCAGGGCGAAGGUUACAGCGCGAGUUGAAGAUCCCCAGUUGCCAGAUUGCUUGUCUCUGGGAGUCCAUCUUGUACCUGGCAGCUGUUGCUGAUGGAAAGGACGUGGCCCCCAUCGAGUCAUUAGUCAAGCACAGACUUCAAACGAUGAUGAAUGUGAAGGCAGAAACCGAGAAGCUCAUCUUUGGCGACAAGACUCCGGAUGGAGGCGAGGCAGAUGGCUUCAUUCUGUUAAAAUGCAGGAAUGUACCACAACAAUUCAUAGCAGGCAGCAUGACUGCAUCUGAGUUUGCGUCAACAGAGCAGAAAGAAGUGCUCCUGGCCAAUGCGGUGAAGGAGCGAAUGCAGGAAAUAGAUGAUCUGGUUUCAAACAUCCUGGAGUCAGCGUGA